GCUCGUUAUAACUGAUUAGUUUUCUCUCUCUUUUCCUCCGCUGUGUGUGAGCUGUGUGGAACAUGUGCAGCCUCCAGACUCUGAAGCUUUUCGUCCAGCAGCGGCUAACUGCGGCUGUGGAGGAGAUAUUUGGACAUUUAGAGAAAACAAUAACCGAGUAUGAAGAGGAGAUCCACCGCAGACACCGCAGGCUGCUGGACGAGGUCUCCAAACCUGCAGUGUUUCCUGCAGACGUACAGCAGCUGUUUGAGAGUAGAGAAGACGUUCCCCCUGAGCAGCAGGACUGGAGCUCCAGUCUGGACCAGGAGGACUCAGAGCCCCCCCACAUUAAAGAGGAACAGGAGGAACUCUGGACCAGUCAGGAGGGAGAGCAGCUUCAAGGACUGAAGGAGGCUGAUAUCACCAAGUUCAUAUUCACUCCUGUUCCUGUGAGGAGUAAAGACAAUGAAGGGAAACCUCAGUCCUCUCAGCUUCAUCAAAGGCAAACUCAGGAGAACAGAGAGGCAGAGCAUCUGAAUGCAGAAGCUGACAGAGAGGACUGUGGAGGAUCUGAACUGCCCAGUAAUAUAUGUCCAGAGAGACACUUACAACCAGAUAGACAUCUCAAGAACAUUCAUUUUUCGGAACCAGAGAACGAAGAUAGGACUUACUGUUGGAUGGAGAUCACAGAUCUUCAGCCAGAUUUAAACACUCUCAACAAUAAUUUAACACCUAUAAAUGUUAUGAGAUGUAAUACUGGUACAAAAUCAUACAGCUGCACAGACUGUGGUAAAAGAUUUGGCCAGAAGGGGACUCUGCGGAGACACGUGAAAAAAAUUCACAAGAGAGAGAAGCCGUUCGCCUGCUCGCUUUGUAAUGCAAAUUUUAGCCAGAAGAUAGCAUUAGAGCAACAUGUGAGAAUCCAUUCUGGGGAGAAACCAUUUAGUUGCUCUGUUUGCGAUAAAAAAUUCACACAAAAGAGAAACCUGAAAUGCCACAUGACGGUGCACACGGGGGAGAAACCGUUCAGCUGCUCCAUCUGCGCCAAAAGAUUCACACAAAAGAGAAUUCUGAAAGGCCACAUGAUGGUCCACACAGGGGAGAAACCGUUCAGCUGCGGUGUGUGUGAGAAACGCUUCACCAGACGGUCGCGAGUCAAAAAUCACAAGUGUGUUGUUGAGUGCAGCAUCAGUCUGUAG